CUUAUUUUCAAUCGUAACUCAAAAUGUAAAUUGACACUGUUGUUUUGAGUCAGUCAAGAAAGCAGAAAGACAAGUCAAGAUGAUGGCAACAAUGGAUUUAGGGGCCCAAGGGGUCACAGAAGAGAUAACCGAGUUGGCAGAGUAUAUAAAGGAAAGGAUAUGGCAGGAUCCACUUGCGGCUGAUCUUCAGUGGAGUUUAUUCCUCGCUGCAUUGAAAAGUUACAGAUUUGAUUCGGUUUUACGACCGUUCCCACCAAUGUUCAUUGGCGAGGAUGAUGAGAAAGACUUGAAAGCACUGCAUUCAGUAGUGAAUGAUGUUCCAGCUUUAUCAAGACUAUCAAGAGAAUGUUAUAAACAACCGACAAAACUUCUGGAAUUGAUAAAAUGGGUUCUUGAUGCAAGAGGUUUCACAUUGUCAUCUGCUGGCAAAAACAAGUACGAGGAAAUCGCAAGUUAA